GCGUAAUCUCGGUUCUGACGACCAGGUUCUUCUUCGGCCAAGAAGUGACACCGCUUUUUGUCUUGUCAUCAAAGGCUCCAAAAGGACAACUUCAUGACGAGAUCAUCACAUAAUUCCGGCCGUGUAUUGUGUUUUGCCCGACAUCAUCGGUGUCGUUUAUUUUUUUUUAAAUAAAUCCCGCCUAUAAAAAAAACUGUUAAUAGAUAUUUUUAUUACCUGCCUUGUGAAACAGAGAUUUAAUAAUACUCAAAUUAAAACAUAAUGCAAACUUUUGUUCACGUUAUUUAGAUUUGUUGAACGAUCUUUUGAUUUUUACUUUGAUGAUUUCAGUUAUAAAAAUGGGUAAAGAUGCUAAUGAAAAUAAACAGAAGAAAGGGCUUACCCUCUCCUGGCACAAUUUAUCCGUCUGGGUGGAGAAAAAAGACGAAGAUAAAAGUAAUUGGUUCAAAGUCCGAUACUACGAUUGUAAAAUAUUAAGAAAAGUGAGCGGGAUUGCUAAACCUGGAGAGCUGAUGAGCAUAAUGGGUCCAAGCGGUGCUGGUAAAACAACAUUAUUAGCCACUAUUUCACAACGUCUCAUCGGUGGAGUCAAAGGGAAAAUAUUAGUUAAUGGGAAAAAAAUCGAUAAAGAGUUGAUGUUGAAAAUAUCCGGUUUUGUGGCUCAACAUGAUCUAGCUACUGAAAUUCUUACCGUAUAUGAGCAUCUUCAGUUUAUGGCCAGAUUAAAGUUACAUAGGCAUUUAACAAAUGAGGAAAGAACACUACGAAUUUUAUCAAUGAUUUCAGAAAUGGGUCUAGUUGACAUCAAGUAUUCUAGACUCUCAAAUAUCUCAGGAGGAGAGAAAAAACGCGUUUCUAUGGCAGUACAGCUUCUGACUGAUCCAUCGAUUCUGUUCUGCGAUGAACCUACAACAGGGUUGGACAGUUUCAGCGCUUUUUCUAUAGUCGAACAAUUAAGAAGAAUAGCAGCCACUGGGAAAGCCAUAAUCUGCACCAUUCACCAGCCGGCAUCCGGCAUGUUUGAAAUGUUUGACCACAUUUACUUUUUAGUCGCAGGCGGAAGAGUGUCCUUAGACUGUAAUGUAACCGAAGCCGCUGAAUACCUGAGAAACGUCGGGAUUGUGUGCCCUCCAAGCUACAAUUUUGCAGAAUUUCUUGUCUCAAAACUAGCAAUAGGUGAUGAUGCAGAAAGCCAAAUAAGAGUCAACAAAUUGUGCCGAUAUUACAGAGAGUCUAAAGAUUAUGAAAAUCUUCUCAAAAACCUGGAAAUCGAACAGUCAUAUGGGAGAGAAAUAAUGAUAACUGAAACGCCAGUCAAAUUCACUGAUUCAAUAUGCAAACCUUCGAGCGAUUUUGGAAAAUACUUAGCAAUGAAGAGGCCUAAACACAGCACUCAACUUUCAUGGCUACUUUGGAGAGCGUCGUUAGAACUGAUCAGAAAACCACAACAGCAUAUUUUACGAUUUGCUUUAUACCUGCUAAUGGCAUUAGUUAUAUCGACACCUUACACAGAGAUUAACGUAGACCAAGAAGGAAUUCAGAAUAUUCAAGGAUUCCUCUACCUUGUUAUAGUGGAAACAACAUUCACUUUUACUUACAGCGUAGUUCAUACUUUUCCUGCUGAAUUGGCAGUAAUGAUGAGAGAAGUUGGAAAUGGAAUUUAUUCCCCUGGGCCUUAUUAUAUAUCAAAACUUAUAAUGCUUCUUCCAAGGGCUGUAAUUGAACCUGCAUUUUUUUCAAUCAUUACUUUUUGCAUACCGGGUUUAUUCGGCGGUUUGAUGGGUUUCUUCCUUUUCUGCAUUCCUGUCAUCAUGUGCUCAAUUGCUGCAACGUCAUAUGGAUGCUUGAUAUCAUCAGUUUUUGACAAUAUUGAAAAAGGGUCAAUGUUUUCAGUGCCUUACGAGCAAGUGGCACUUCUUUUCUGUGGGAUAUACCUUUCUCUCAGUGAUGUGCCCUUUCAUUUUGCAUGGGUGAAAUACGUUUCAAUAUUUUACUAUGGGAUCGAAGCUUUGUCCAUUCUCCAAUGGUCGUUUAUUUUUAACAUACCUUGUUCUUCGACACCAGAUAGGCCAUGUAUAAACUCAGGAAACGGAGUUUUGGAACACUUUGGCUACAGCAAGUCUAAUUUCACUAUGGACAUGUUGGGGCUUUUGUCCAUAUACUGUUGUUGUCAUGUUGUUGGAUUCAUAUUUAUUUGGAAAAAGUGUAAAAGAAAUACUUCGUACUAAAUUUUCAUUUUUUUCAUUUCAGCAUGUCUAACAAAAAAUUGAAAAAUAAUUUUCAGGUGAUAACGUCCAAAUUGAAAACUUAUGCAAUUGUAUUUUGUAAGAAAAUUUUCUUUUUACUCAGUUUUUAUAUGUUCAAUAAGCAAAUGUUAUUGCCAGUAUUAUGUUAUUGGGGGGCCACAAUAAGGGAUAGUAAUUAAUAAAAUAAUAUAAAAAUGCUUUGAAAUUUAUAACAUUCUAGUAAAAUUUUUUUUAAAAAACUGG